AUGGCCGAGCCUGAGUUUGAGCAAGCCAGGAAGGAGCUCGUCUCUACCUUGGAAAGCUCCACCUUGUUCGAGAAGAACCCAGAGUACAAGAAGGCACUCGAGGUCGUCUCCAUCCCUGAGCGCAUCAUUCAGUUCCGAGUCGUCUGGGAGAACGACAAGGGUGAGUGCCAGGUCAAUAAGGGAUACCGUGUGCAAUUCAACUCUGCUCUUGGUCCCUACAAGGGCGGUCUCCGACUCCACCCUACUGUCAAUCUCUCCGUCCUCAAGUUUUUGGGCUUCGAGCAGAUCUUUAAGAAUGCUCUUACUGGACUCAACAUGGGUGGUGGUAAAGGCGGCGCCGAUUUUGACCCCAAGGGCAAGUCUGACAACGAGAUCCGCAAGUUCUGUGUUGCCUUUAUGAGGGAGCUCAGCAAGCACAUUGGUGCUGAUACUGAUGUCCCGGCCGGCGAUAUCGGUGUCGGCGGACGUGAGAUUGGUUGGUUGUUCGGUACCUACCGUGCCGAGCGGAAUCGCUGGGAAGGCGUGUUGACUGGAAAGGGUGGAUCAUGGGGUGGGAGCUUGAUCAGACCCGAAGCCACUGGCUAUGGUCUUAUUUACUACGUCGAGCACAUGAUCCAAUAUGCCACAGGAGGCAAAGAGAGCUUCGCUGGCAAGAAGGUCGCUAUCUCUGGUUCUGGGAAUGUCGCUCAAUACGCCGCCCUGAAGGUCAUCGAGCUUGGUGGAACCGUCGUCUCCCUCUCUGACAGCAAGGGUGCCCUGAUUGCCACUGAUGACAAUUGCUUCACCCCCGAAGUCAUUCACAACAUUGCCGCACUCAAGAUUGCUCGCAAGUCCCUUACUGACCUCGAGAACCACCCUUUCAAGUACAUUGAGGGUGCCCGACCCUGGAAGGAAGUAGGAAAGGUCGACAUCGCUCUUCCUUGCGCUACCCAGAACGAGGUCUCCGCCGACGAAGCCGAGGCUCUGAUCGCAUGUGGCGCGAAGUUCAUCGCUGAAGGUUCUAACAUGGGCUGUACACAGGGGGCGAUCGAUGCCUUUGAAGCCCACCGUAAGGCUAACGCCGGGAACGCCAUCUGGUAUGGGCCUGGCAAAGCUGCAAACGCGGGCGGUGUUGCCGUCUCUGGUCUCGAAAUGGCACAGAACUCACAGCGCUUGAAGUGGACUUCCGAGGAGGUCGACCAGAAGCUCAAGGGCAUCAUGAAGGCUUGCUUCGAGAACUGUCUCGAGACUGCCAAGGAGUACAUCACUCCUGCUGAGGGCGAGUUCCCGUCUCUCGUUGCCGGCGCUAACGUUGCGGGUUUCAAGAAGGUAGCUGCUGCUAUGCAGGACCAAGGUGAUUGGUGGUGA